UGAGACCGGCCUCCGCCUCCUCUGCCGAGGCUGAUAUUGAGAUCGGAUUGAACGUUGCAUCGAUUUUCCAGAAGAUCGGACGAGGAGGAAGUUGGAACAACUCGAAUCGCACGAAAGAGGCCAGUGUAGCAGGAGAACGGAGAGCAUAUCGAGACGAUGAGGUGGGAGAAGAUACGGUUGAAGUCCCCAAAGGGCAAGCCUCCCGGCGAUGGCGGAGUGCACAAGACUUCUCCCCAACGACUCGCUGCUCAGGGUCCGGGUCGUAAAUGGGGCCACACUUGUAAUGCUGUCCAGGACGGAAAACUCGUCUAUGUGUUCGGAGGUUAUGGCAAAGACGAGCGACAGACAAACGAUAUCCACGCGUUCGACACAGUCAGCCAAACAUGGAAGAAACCCUCUGUGAAGGGAUCAGCCCCAACUCCUAGGGACAGCCAUACAUGCACCACCGUUGGAAAUAAACUGUUCGUAUUUGGUGGAACGGAUGGGAACAACCCGCUGAGAGAUCUACAUGUGCUCGAUACUGUAUCCAAUGUGUGGUCGAAGCCAAGGGUGAAGGGAGAUAUACCAUCGCCAAGGGAGGGCCACAGUGCAGCGCUUAUUGGCAACCGGCUCUUUGUGUUUGGCGGUUGUGGAAAGGCCAGCGAUGAUGCAGAGGAGACUUAUUUCAAUGACUUGUACAUAUUGGAUACGGAAACUAUGUGGUGGUCAAAGGGCAACACAACAGGAACAGCUCCUGCAGCCCGGGACAGUCACACAUGCUCAUCCUGGGGGAAUAGUCUUGUUGUGAUUGGUGGAGAAGAUAGCAACAACAGUUACCUGAGUGACGUCUACAUUCUCAAUGCUGAGAGUCUGGAAUGGAAACAGCUGGAGACUACAGGGCAGAAGCUAUCUCCUCGUGCCGGUCAUGCUGCUGUGUCCAUUGGCAAGUACAUCAUAAUCUUUGGUGGCUUCACAGACGAUAGGAAGCUGUUUAAUGACCUCCACAUUCUUGACAUAGAGACAGGAGAGUGGACCAAGAGCAAUGUGGAAGGUGCACGACCCUCCCCUCGGUUCUCGUUGGCAGGAGAUUGUGUUGAUGACCAGAAGGGACUCGUCUUCUUCAUUGGAGGCUGCAAUGAUAAUUUGGAAGCUCUUGAUGAUAUCUUUUUUCUUGAGACAGGGUUGCAGGGGCCUCUUGAAAAGCAACCGGUGAAGAAUGUGUCCAUGAAGAAAGAGCUGAAAAAGAGGAAGAGAGAGGAAGCCGCCAAACAUAGUAUCUCAGCGGCGGCGGUAACCGCAGCAUCAGCGGCAGGAAAGGACAGUGGAGGAGUGAAAUUGCAGAAUCAGAGCCAAGGAAACAACGAGGAAGGAGGAGAAACGGAGGCAGAGGUGGAUGGGAGGGCUCAGACAGAUGGGACGAUGAUGGAUUGCUCCAAGCACGUGGCAGCAAUCACGCUGGGAAGCUGUGCUAUGGCAGCAGUGGACAACCCGCUGUCUGCCCAGAGAUCGACCGUCAUACUGGCGUUGUCUCACGCACAAGGGACAGCAGGAUCUGCCACGCCUACGGUUGCACCAGGAGCAGGAGCUGCGCUUGUUGCAUUUUCACCUCCCGUACCUGGUUCUAUGUACACAGAGAGAAAGCCCAAGCAUAUUGAAAAGAUUUUUGAAGCGACUGUGAGUGAUGUGUUUCACUUUGGCUAUUGCAUAUCUGCCAACAUAGAUGGGCAACCGAUGAAGGGGAUGCUGUUCAGCUACAAGCCAGGUUUUGCACAAAGCGUGCAGGCCCUCAUGUUUCGGAAACAAUUGGCAGCUGAGGCAGCAAAGGAAAAGGAGAAGGAAGAUAAGAAAGCUGAACGUAAGGCAGCUCGUGCUGCGAAGGCAGCAAGACUAGCAGAAGCUGCUGCUGCGGAAGCGGCGGCGGCCAGGGCUGCUCUAUUUGCCACACCUACAAAGAUGGAUUUCAACCAUUGUCCUCCUGUGCAGAUGAUAGAGUUCUUGGACGGAGGGGUAGCGAACUACUGUGGGCAGAUUGAGCUUCAACACCACCAGCAUCAGAUGAUGCUUUCAGAGGUGGGGCAACAGGAAGGGGGCCAUCAGCAAGCGUCAAAUCAGGAACAGGGAGGGGUGCAGCCACAGGAAGGGCAAGAGCAACAGCAAGUCGAGCAAGGCAGUUUUGAGGGGCAGUUUCAAGAAAAGCAUGAUGAUAGGGAUCGAGUGCAAUACUGUGUUGAAGUAGAUGGCGACAGGUGUGGGGAUGUCGAUGAUACCGAAGAGGUGGAGGACGGAGGAGAAGACGAGGGGGAAGAUGCAGAGGAAAUGGACGAGGGUGAGGACGGCGAUGAAGGGGAUGAAGAUGAAGAAGAGCAUGAGGAUUACGAGCAGCAAAUGCAUGGUGUGGAACAUGAGACAGGGCCGUACCAUGAGCCGGUGGAAGCUGAUGAGCAGCAGGAGUAUGCCAUAGAAAUGCAACAAGCGCAACAACAGGAAUGCCAACAAGAUCAACAGCACUACCUUCAGUUGCAAACCCCUCAGCUUGAGCACGAGUACGUGUCCGUUGCGGCACAAAUCGACCCCUCGUCCGGUCCUUGCUCGGACUUCCCAGGUGAAAUGCACACGCAUGGACACAAGAUGGUGCAGCACUUUGCUCUCCAACGGGUGGAUAUCCAUGAGCAUCAGCAGCAACAGGGUCAGCAGGAGGACGAAGACACCCAGCAUCAGCAGCAGGUGAUUGCGGAUUACCCUGCAGAAUUGCAUGGCGAAGGGCCGGAAGGUGAAGGGGAAGCCGACGGGGACUACGACAGUGCUAUGGAGCAGCAAGUGGACGAAGAAGAAUACGUUGCACAGAUACAGACAGGAGACGCAGGACAGGGACAGCAAGAGCAUUAUGAAGGUGGGCAGAUUUCCCAAGGCCUUGGCGAUGUUACCGUGGAGGACUAUAGACAACACAUUGAGGUGGACGAAGGGCAGGAAGAGUAUCCUGGAAAUCGGGAGGAGGAGGGGGAUGGAGAGCAGCAGUAUAACAGGGAAACAUCGGAGGACGAAAAUGAGGGUCAGAACGGUUCCGAGAUGGCGACAGCAUGUAAACAGCAGCAAUAUGGCCACAUGCAGCAACAACAGCAAGAGUGUGAAAGCUAUGCGUCAUCGGGCAUGCAGUCGCCGGCCAAGGACAAUGUACAGCAACGCAUGUCGGAACAGCGGCACUUUGCCGCAGUGGAUAUCCGACAACACGGAGAUCAACAGCAGCAGCAGCAGCAUUACUUAACCAGUCCUUCCGAGCAGUCGCCCAAGCAAUACCUUCAAGGCGAUGCCGCUCAGCGUGAUCAGCAGCAGCAACAGCAGCAGCAACACCACCAGCAACAGUUGCAGCAGCAUUAUUCGCCAGCUGCGGUCAGUCAGAAACAGCAUCACUAUUCACAGGAGCACUUCCAAGGUCAGCCUUUGCAACAUUCACCUCAGCGGUUUGCACAUAGGCAAUCGCAGCAGCAUCAGGGCGCACAGUCGUAUCCCCAUCCUCAUGCAAUGUCACCUCAGCAAUUCCACCACCAUCAUCACCAGCAGCAGCAGCAGCAGCAGCAGCAGAUGGCGCAUGGAAAUCAGGGACAACCAUAUCACCGCACACAUCAACCACCCGUUUCACCUCAACACCACCGCCGUAUGCAGCAGACGCAUCAGGUGCAGGUUCAAAGUUCGCAGGCGGUGAUGUAUGGGGGACCUCAUCAUCAUCCUCUAGGGGGGCACAUGAUGGGGACAUCGCCGUCCAUGGUUGUCCCUUCGCCACAUCAGCAGGCGCCUCCUUACAGCGAUGGUGGCCUUGUCGAUCAGGGGAUGGCAACGAUCGGGCUUGGGCAUGGAGGGAGCGGACAGAUAUCGCAUCAGCAGGGUACGACACGUAUGUACAUGGGUCCCAUGUCUCCCAUGAGUCCAACCACUCAAGGGGGUGCAGCCUCUGGAGGGAGUGCCGGAAACUUGCUAGGGAGUGGAUUGAACAUUGGGAUGGGUCAGCCCAUGGAUGCAGUGCAGCAAGUAGGUGCAGCAGCCCCAUCGAUACCAGAUCAUAGCCACCAAUACCAGAUGUAUGGAAUGGGGAUGGGUGGCAUGCCCAUGCAUUACCCUCACGACCCCCAUCAUCAAACGUUACGGAGAGAGUGAGGUGAGUUUUUCUGUAAGAUAUAGGGGUGGUUUAAGUUGCAGUGAGUCAGUUGAUUUCACUGUCAUCAUAGACUCCAGUGACUUCAGUGAGACUUCAGUGACUUCAGUGCCCACUAUGACCUCAGUGACUAAAGGUCCAUGCUGCCAAAUCUACUCAUCGGUGAGCCAUGGUCCAUGCUGCUGAAUCUACUCCAGAGAAUGAGGUAAGAAGGGUGGAAAGUAGUGUGAAUCAAAGGGAGAGGUUGAGACUACAUAUUUCCAAGUAGUGGAAUGCCCCUCUUUUGGAAAGUGAAUUCAGAGAGGUGAUGAAGAGUUGAUUGAUGGUAGUUAGUUCGAUAGCUGAGCGUUGCGGGGGUGCUGAAUGGACCGCUGACUCUUCAGAGUCUCUGAUGUGUUCGCCAACAAUGGGUUACUCAGCAGAGAACAUUGAAGAGUGACACUAGAGGCAGAUUCAUAGUGUCUUAUUGUGCAUGAUUUUGACACGUGGAAAAGCCUUCAGUCUCGGGUAGAGGAGAAGCUAUACUCCCUGUGAGUUCCUGCCAGUUUCACCGACUCCCCCUUGCAUUUCGUGUAUCGCCAACAUCCACUCACUCCAUGCCUCACAUAUACUAUGUCACACAUUCUCACAGGUAGGCAGGUGUGACAUGAAUCCUCGGAGUCACCUGAGCGUGCCAAGUGCACUAGUCUAGGUAGGAACAACUUAGACGAAAAAAACAGCUAACUUACGACAAGGAGAACGCUGUUCGUAGCCAACAACAUCUACUGUUCCACACAGUCUUCGCACGAAUGCCGAUUAUUCUUUCGAGGCAUACUGUUCUUGUUAGGUAUAUUUAGCCCAUGCAAGCGAGCGAGCGAGCGAGCAAGAGAGAGAGAGAGAGCGAGAGAGCGAGAGAGAGAGAGAGAGAGAGAGAGAGAGAGAGAGAGAGAGAGAGAGAGGUGGUGUGGACAGAAUCCAGGGUAUGGGACCAUAUGGCUGAAAGUGAUCUUUUUGUUUACUUAGGACCACUGUUGCUAGCGAUAUGAUUACAGAUUGCGGUGAGGAGAAAGUCCUUUGAUUGGAGGGGGGGCAGGACGCAGCUCUGCACCUGGAGAUGGUGCAAGGGACAUGCAGACGCACUUGUUUGCAUGCACAUGCACAGCGAUGCAUGGGUAGGUAGUAUUCCCAUCGGACAUGUCGGCCAGGAACUUAGAUUUUUACCAAAUGUUACAUUUUUGUAAAUAUUGCCAUGAAGUC